AUGGCGAAAACCAGACCUAGAAAGCGACGCCUCGUCAAAAAAUACGCCGCCAAUUCACCGCCCAAAGUCGAGAAGAAACCCACGAAGAAGAAGGUGAAGAAGAAGAAGGCCAAGCUCCCCAAACCCGGAUCCCCUUUCUCCGACUCCGAAUCCGACCCGCAGACCCAGAUCCAAACCCUCCUCGAACCCUUUUCCAAGGACCAGCUUGUCACCCUCGUCACCGACCUCUCCCUCUCCAGCGCCUCCCUUUUCUCCCUCAUCAAAUCCGCCGCCGAUGAGGACGUCUCCCACCGCAAAAUCUUCAUCCACGGCCUCGGCUGGGACGCCACGCGCGACCUCGUGAUGUCCGUUUUCGGCCCUUACGGCGACAUCGAGGAACUCAACGUCGUGAACGAUCGGGCCACCGGGAAGUGCAAGGGCUACGCCUUCAUCACCUUCAGGACCCGAAAAUCCGCCAGAAAAUUGCUAAAAAAUCCCAAGGUUCAGGUAGGGAACCGCGUGACCUCCUGCCAGCUGGCGGCUGAGGGUCCCGCUGCUCCUGGGGUUGUGUCUCAGCAGCAUUUCCCCUCCUCUGAUUAUCCGCAGCGCAAAAUAUACGUGAAUAAUGUGCCCCCAAACACAAACGCUGACCGGCUGAGGGCUUUCUUUGAGCAGUUUGGAGAGAUUGAGAACGGGCCCAAGGGUUUCGACCCAACGACAGGUAGAUUUAAGGGCUACGCCAUCUUUGUGUACAAGACUGUGGAGGGGGCCAAGAAAGUUCUGGAGGAUCCCCUCAAGGUGUUUGAUGGGUGCCAGCUAGAGUGCCGGAAGGCCGCCGAGGGGAAAGGCAAAGUGGCUGGGGGUGCCGCCUCGAUUACGACAGCUCUGCAGCCAGUGCAGCCGCAGAUGCUGGCUGCAGUGGCAGCAGCACAGCAGGCUCAGGCCCAAACGAUGCCCUUUUUGGGACAACAGAUGGGGCUCGUGAACCCAUAUGGUGGCGGGAUGAUUUCAAGCCCGAACAUGGGUGGAUUAAUGGGAGGGUAUUAUGGGAUUAUGGGCGGUCAGGUUCAGGGCUUGGGCUUGGGUUCAUAUGGCGUUCCGGGUUCUUAUGGUGUUUCGGCUGGUGCAGAAGGCGGGUCGAGUGGGGCGUUGCUUCAAAAUAUGCAGUAUUUGUACCCCAGUGGGAUGGGUGGGCAGACCUCUUCAUACUUGGCUAAGGCACCCAAGACUAAUGAAGGUUAUUCGCCUAUAUGGUAUGAUUGUUGUUCUUGCUUUAUAUCUUACAAAGAAGAUGUUUGCGUGUUUGUGUGA